AAAUGAGAGAGAGAUUUGCUUAGCAUGCCUGUCACACAGUAUAAUACUCAAUUCAGUUGGUUCAAAUGUUCCGCCGUUUCUAUGGUUUGUGCCCGGGUUCAGUCUGAUUCUUUAGUAUCGCACUGACUGUGGAAUAUUCAAGACGUUAGGCGUAUAUCGUUUCAUCACAUGUCGACACAUUUACCAAAAAAUAUACGUUACAUUUGCAUUGUGAAAGCGAGUUCAAGUGAUGUUCGAUCAUUGACGUGAAAAUAAUUCGACGAAAAAUAUCUAGGAAAUGUGAAUGGAAAUUAUUGUAUAAGGCGAGUGAAAUAUUUGAUUUUUCCGAAUGGUGAAGAGAGAGUAUAUAAAGUUGCGUGAAAGAGUCGGAGAAAAAUUCAAGCGAAUCGAUCGGAAGUAAUUUAUUCGUUGCAUCAUGCAUACGAAAUUAACAAAGUGAAAGGAAAUGAUUGGUGUGCAAUCAUUUGACCCAUUUCGAUGUUUGAAAAGUGAAAAGACUGCAAAAAAGGGGAUUAUUUGAAUAUCUAUUUAGUUUUGGUUGUUGUCUGUGUGAAUACUGCCAAAUAACAGUGAUAAAUCGAAGUAAACGAACACAAUUAUCGAUGUGUUUUUCGCCCCUCCAGAAAUAUUGCAUUGCCAUCGAAAAAUUCAAUAAAUCCGACAAAGUGAACGACGAUGUUUGAUCACUAACAAUUCUUUUUAAAACGACAUAGCAACUGUGCACGGAGAGACUUUGACAUAGAUCCAAUUGUGCUUUGAGCAUCGGAUAUUUUACAGCGAAUUCAAGUUGAUUGAAUGGUUUGCUUUUUCGUUCUUUCGUUUCGUUGCUCUUUUCUUCUCGGAUGUGUGCAUGUGUAUUUACGUCCCGUUUUUUUCACAAUACUAGUUUAUGCCAUCUUUUCGGUGAUCUUUACUCAACGAGUGAAUGAGAUUUAGCAAAUGUGCAUUUGGAUUUGGUUGUUAUAUCAGUCGGCAGUAGUGUUUGAAUUGCAUUUGUGCGAAAUCGUGCAACAGUGAAAUGUGAUUGACAUCAGUUUGAAUUGUACUCUUUAAGUGAUUUAUUACCAUUGAAAAACAUUUCGAUUUGCUGUUUGUUGCCAAUCGACAGAACAAACGACACGACACACACACAAAAAGAUAGAAGUGACAAAAAAACCGUUUUUUUUUCAAUGACAAAAGAAUCUUGUGGUGCACUUUGCUUGUGAUUAUUUGAUCAAAUUGUGUACAAUCAAUUUGAUAUUGAAAAGUGGCACGUUUUCAGCACCAAUUUACAUCAACGGACUUAUUGGAAUAAAUUGGAUCAUAAAACAUUUUGAAGAACAUUUUUGAAACCCACACACACAAACAAAAUGGACUGCUAAUCUAUUAUUGCAGCCAUUGGCCCAGCCACAAGUGAAUGAAACCGAUAAUUUGCCAUAAAUUUUAAUUACACGCUUUUUGAAUGCAAAUAUUGUUGAACAAUUAUCGUUGAUAAAUUGAUUUCGGGCAUUCGAAGCGGACCGACACACAGCAACGGUAGCAGCUUUGCUGCGUGGGAUUAAAACUUAAGUGCAUCAUUGGAUACAUUGGAAAUAAACGAAAUUCGAUCGAUUGAUAAUCACAUUCGAUACAAUGAACAAAACGGAUUUUUAAUCUGCCAGCCGUCCGGGUGAGAUUGCAAAAACACAAGCACACAUGGUUCAACCGAUUUACGGAGGAAAUUGAUGAACAAAAUCGAUAAUAAUAAAUGAUCAAUCACGCACAUACACACAUGCCAGUGUGUUCAAACGAUAUAUAUUUAUCAUUGAAAUCAGUGGUCCUGUGCACACAGCCCAGUGUGAGCAAGGGAGAAGAGACGUUCGUUGGGCUUUCGGAAUAAAUGACAUUACCGAAAAAAAUUGAUUGUGCGUGUGUUUUAUUUCUGGCAAUUUGUAACCGAUAAUUUAAUCUUGUGGUGCAUAAUUUGCGGUGAAAACGAAAAAAAAAAAACAGAAUUGCCUCCAACAACGAACCGAACCAACAGCAACUGAUAGCGAGAAAAAAACCGGCACGAGAAAAUCUGAAUGGAAAAAAUUAGUUUCGUUUGUGCAAGCUAGAACUAGUGUGGGAUUGUGAGGACAAACAACGGGUCUCGAGAUAUAAGUGGUGUAUAUUGGAGAGUUGGCACAUUUCAAGCGGAAAAAAGCGUUUGUUUAAACAAAUUGCCGAAUAAGAAAUAAAACUAAACAAACAUAAAUAUCGGCGAAAAGUGAAAAAAAUAUAUAUAGGGAAUUCGAUCAAAUGCAGACGCGCUGGGCGCAUUUGUGAGCUGCUGCUCUUCGGUUGUGUUGUGUACGCGCUACGGUUAUUGCGAUGAUAAUGUGGUCAGUGUCAGUGGCGAUGAUAAACAAUAUUAAUCUAUCACUCAAUCAAGCUUAACAGAAGGAACGACGGUAACAACAAAGUAUUGCCUCAAAUUCUGGUCACACACGCACCACCACCACCAUCAUCAUCAUCAUCGACGCCAAGCGCAAUAUUCGACACGCUGUUUUUACCACACAACGCAGCUUACGAACAAACGAAUGAGUGAGCGGUUUUUGUUAGUGGUAGCGCCAAUCCGUAUUUAUUUAUUUUAGUUGCGUUAGAACGAUCUACACACAUACCAUUUUGCACAGACAAACCAGAUUUUUGGCCGACCUAAAUUUUCGGGCUUGGAAUCAAACGCAUCACAUUUAUUUUCGGCCAGCAAAAGCAUUCGGCAUUUUUUUUGCGCUCGCUCCACUGCUAUUGAUGUUGCUCGUUUAGGUUCAUCGACGGUGCUGUUGGUGUCCACAUGUUGAGCAACCAUUGUGUUGCGUUCAUUUAGUGGAAGGGUCAAUAUUAACGACAUAGAGAUUGAAUGGUCGUUCAUUUCAUGUUCACAGGUUCACAGAAUUUCCUUUGCGAUCACAUCCAGUGACCAUCGACGAAAUAGGCAAAGUGCGUGUGCGUGCGAUGAUUUUCAUUAGGUUAGAUGCUGACCGAAUAUCAAUACGACAUUUACAUUUAUUUGUGAAUUUUAUGCCGCUUUAACGUAUAUCCUACACACAUUUGUUUACCAAACUAUCGGAACGGAACAUUCCCACCGGAAUUCAAGGGAGAAAAAAACAGGAAAGAAGAAGAACAUACCGCAAAGGAAAUACUGAGUGCUACGUAUCAACGGACUCGUAAAUUGCCAAAAUUUCGAUUAGACAAAAAGAACACGAAGUGUCAAUAUUAGUGUAAUUUGAGCAAAUGUUCAAAUCGUUUUAUAUAGACUUGAUGAUUGAAGCGAAAAACAUUUGAAUCGCACACGAUUCGAGACAAUCUAUCGCUAUUUGUUAUAGUGUCUAUAGCAUUGUCAAACCUGUGAUUUUUUUCAUUUUUUUUUUCUGUCAGUGUUAUCUUGAGUGGAAAACUAUCCGAAUGCAAAUACAUACAUACACAAUCAUUUAAACAAAACAAAACCAAAAUCAAUCAUGGCUGCAAAUAACCAACUUCGACGAAUCAACGACGACCAUUCAACCGAACACAAUAUGGAACAUGAGGAGGAAAAGCAUUCAACACCACGAUUGCUGUCAUUCAAAUCGAAUCACAAGAACCGGAGGCACCCGCAACAUCAUCUCUAUUGGCCAUUGUCCUGGAUUAUUUUUAUGGUUUCACUGUCAUCCGUUUCUUCAGAAAUGAUUUAUCGUGUGGAUCCUUUAGCGUUGCUGGCUGGCACAUUGAGGACAUAUCAAAAGGCUGGCUGCGAUGCCGAAUACAUCGCACUGAGUUGUCCACGUGGCACGAGCAUAUCAAUCGAAAUCGCCCAAUAUGGUAACACACUCAAAGAUGGUCCCGUUUCGAAUAUGUGUCCGCCACGAACAGAUCAAACGAAAGUCGAUACAACUCGCACCGAUGACACCGAAAUUGAAGUGAAACCACCUGAGACAUGCUUGACCUAUCAAUUACAGUAUGCACUGUUACAGAUUGUGGUGGAAGCUUGCCAAAAGAAGAGACAUUGUAAAUUUUUGGCAUCGUCACGAACAAUGAACAACGAUCCAUGCCCGGAGACGACCAAAUUCAUUGAAAUCGCAUACAAGUGCCGUCCGUAUGAAUUCCGCAGCAAGGUGGCCUGUGAGAAUGAAACUAUUAAUUUAAUGUGUAACCCGUACUCAAGAAUCGCCGUCUACAGUGCCAGUUUCGGGCGAACAUCGUACGAGAGCAUUCAAUGUUCUCAGCCGCAAGGUGUCAUGGAAGAAUCUUGUUUGGCAUCGUAUGGAACGGAAACGGUGAUGCAAUUGUGCCAUGGACGACGACGAUGCACCAUAUCGGCGGAUCGAGCCAAUUUUGGCAAUCCAUGCCGACCCGAAUCAAGGGUUUACUUAAAAGUGGUCUACACGUGCAUACCGCGAAAAGUGUUAAAAGACCAAUUUGAUGCAUCAAUCGAGCCGGAUGAACCGCAGCAAAUCGACAUGGAUCAAGACCAAGACGAUUUAUACGAUGAAGAUCAAUUUUUUCGCGAAUCCGAAGCAAUUCCACCAGCUCCGAAACUGCACCGUGAAUUGGCCACUUCAGAUAUGCCGACUUCACUUAGCGAACCAUCGUCCAGUGUAAACCCUCCAUUGCGUUCAAGAGAUAGCAACCAACUUGAAGAAAACCAAGAAAAGUUCUUCCUGUAUCUGUUUAUAUCGGUAACAGUUGGUGUGUUACUGUGUUUAACGCUUGUGAUUGGACGUUUGGUAUUGCAAAAGCGACAAGUGAAAUCCGAUAAAAAAUCAUCGCCGAAAAAUCAAUCGCAGAACGGUAACAACGGUGAAACCACCAUACCAAAUGGAUUUUCCGACGAUAUAUCUGAAAUUGAUGGUGAUAUCGACAUGAAAACAACAACACUUCCUGUGCCGAGUGUGUCACGCAACGAGCCAAACUAUGGAUCGUAUGCACCGUCACCAAGCCCGUACGGGAAUCUCGGCCCCUCAAACAUAUCACACACGUCAACUACAAUGUUGGUGCCAACUAGUUCGAUUUUGAGCACCGGCCAUCAUGUGCCAUCGAUAAUCGGAUCAGCCAAUCCUUUGAUGUAUCCGCCACCAUCAGUCACACAAAUGGGUUCGAGAUUCGGAACAAAUUAUCCACCACCACCAACAGUCGGCUUUAUGAAUCCAUCAAUAUUAGCCGCCGGUGGUACAUUAGGCACAUUAAGGCGUCCGCGUGUCGAAUAUGAUUCAGUGCCACCACGUAUCCUAUCGAAAAUUGACAUUGAACCACAAUUCUACUACGGAUGACCCAUGUUGAAUAACAAAAUGUUAGCAUCACCUUCAACAACCGACACUAUCAUGGCUGGCAUCAUCACCAACAACACCACCACAACCACAUCGCCGAAGAACAGUAACACAAUAGCUAUGCAAAAUAUCGAACGGACUGGCACUCCAACACUUUCAUUAUCGACAUCAUCGCCGACAUCGACGCUGACAAAAAAACCGAAAAAUCCACCGUCAUCGUCUGCAUCAUCGUCCGUCGAUGAGCAUAGCAACAAAAAUACCGUUGUCUUGUGUCCACCCAGUCGCACCUACUGUUUCUAGAAUCAAAUCAUCUUGCAGAAAAACUAUCUGCAUUUCGAUGACUUAGUAUUUUUGUAAAUUUAUCAUUUCGGCCGUCAUUUUCCAAACCAAAAAACAUAAACACAAAAUAGGACUCACUGGUUGCUUUCUGAGGUUGAUUUUAUUAAGUUUGGACAUUCGUUUGACUCUGAUGAUUGAUGGUGUUCUACGUCUGAUGCGAUUUAAUUCAUUUUGGAAAUAGAAGCGGAUUAAUCUGUAAGACAAGGAAAAAAGAGAAAGAAAAAAAAUUGAUGAAAAAAAUAUAUAAAAUUGUCGAAUAUUUCAAUAAUCUUAAGUGACACCGUGUACAUUUUUUGGGAAUAGUUUCGAAAGACUUUUGCGUAAAAUUAGGUUUAACUUGAGAAUAAAAAAAAAACAAUUAGUGAAACUUCUUGUAAAUUAUAUAUGGAGUAAGAAUUUAGAAUGUAGCUAAAGAUAAAUUGAGUAUAUAGAGGGAUAUAAAUUAUGCUAAGCUCGACGAAGAAAGUGAAGUAAGAGUGGGGCAAAGUCAUUAGAUAGUCCAUGUUCGCGCUGGCAAAUGGAUGAAAUGAGAGGAAUACAUUGCAUUCAGAAGCAGCAGCAAACAAUAAGAUACCAUAACAAUUAAGCAAAAUGUCAUAUGAAAGAAAAUAGAGAAUAUAUUUGGUUGCACUUAACAAAUGCACUCUUGAUAUACUAUAUACACACACAAUACAUAUUAACGGCUAAGCAUUUUGAAUUGCGCGUGCAAUAGUUUGCAGCUACGCCACCAAGGGGCAAUCCACUCAAAAGUAAUACAUAAUACCUGCGAAGUAAUACGAAGUAAUACAUAAUACCUGCGAAUUAAUACGAAGUAAUACUAGGUAAAAAUGGUAUUACUUUUGAUAAAGUAAUACUCCUUUAAAAAAUAAUACUAUUGUUUGAAAAAAGUAAUACUAAAGUAAUACAAGGUAAUAUUUACAUUAGUAUUACUUAAAGUAAUACUAAUACACAGUAUUACUUUUGAGUGGUUUGCCCCUCGUACGCCACGCUCACACAUACACAGUGCAUCGGAAUGCGUGUUAUACGUUUUUAACUGUAAGCGAACAGGGUAGUGAAAUGAAAAUACGUGUACGUGAACAUAAAUCAAAUCUUUAACUUCAAAAGAGUGCAAUCAAUCAACUUUCCAAAGUUUAUAGUACAAUUUUGAUUCGCAUUUUGUGCGAAUUGCGACGAGUGUAGUGACAAAAAGGAAGAGUCAUCAAGACUUUUUCCUUGAACUAGAUUCUCGCCUGUCAUAGUUUCACAUCAUCUGCCGUCGUUCGCUACAAAUAUAGUACGUAGGUGCGGCAACCUGAAACUUGAAUCGGUGAAGAUUUAUGAAAAGUCAUACGAACAAAAUGCGAACACACUUGGCAAGUUCGAUGAGAGAGAAAACUUUUUCAAGUUUUGAAAUCCCUUCGAGAGGAAAUAUUCGUGCAAAUACUCUCUCGCAGGAUGAGAGACGUAAACGGAUUUCACAUUCGCAGAAUGAAUGCAAUUUUGAAUUUCAAUGCGGCAACUUAAAAAUCGGUCGUUUCUCAAUACAAAGGAGAAAGAGUAUGAGGAUGAGCAUGAGCAAUCUUUUAAAAUAUAUCUAGAUGGUUACAUAAAUCACGUUUAUUACAUUUGAUGUGUGUAAGAAAGAAGAAAAGAGUAAAACAAAUGGAGCCCUUUCCAUUGAUAGACGGUUUUAAUGCAAACACACCGAAUGCAGGUAUGCUCUGCAUUCAUUGUACAUUUUACAACUCUAUUGUUCUGUUUUAUUUCUAGCUGCAAUGCCAGCGAAAAGAAUAUAUAGAAUUUUAAAAGUUUUAUUGUAGUUAAAACCAAAUUAAAGAAUAACAAUAAUAAAUAUAUGGCAUAAAGCCCAAAAAAAGAUGAGAAAUUAUACGUAUUCGAGCAAAAUGCAUAGCAAAACUAGUGUGUGAAUGUUGAUGGCUCGGAUGAUAUUGAUCGAUAAAUCGACUUUUUUACUAGUGUGAUAUGUAUUUCGCAUUUUGCACGGUCCAAAAAUCGAUAUUCGACACACUUUUGACUGGUAUGUCAAAACGUCAAACCCAUUCAUAAAUCCAGAGUGAGAGAGAUGGACGGCAUUUAAAUUACAAUUUUAGUCACAAAAUAUGGAAUGUUUGCCGUUCGAUGGAUCACUAUUAUUGUUGGUGAAAUGCAAUACGUCGGGGUGUUGAAGUGAGGUAAUUUUGAAGUGAAUGCAAUGAAAUGACGCAUUUAUCAUACGACGCAUUUAAAACUCACAAACAAACAAACACACACACACACAAAUAGUUUCUAUGCGAAUGUCUAUCUUCGUGAAAUAGUUAAAAUUGCGUAUUUUAUCUAAGAAUUUAGUGGGUCUUUGAAAUGCAAAAAUCAAAUAUAUUACAACUAAUUCACCCUAAUGGUUAAUUGAUGUAAAUUUAAAUUAUACAAAAAUAGGUUUAAUGAGAAGAAAACAAACAGAAAUUUAUAUUAUUUUUAUUUUUAAGAAGAAAGAAAGAAAGGAAGGUAAAAAGAAAAGUCGUGAGUUUAUUCGUUCAAAUUAAAUUAUAUGGAAAUCGUUUUGAAUCAAAAUCACGUGCAUUUUUGGAAACGUUAAAGCAAGAGUUGUACAGUUUGUUUGGUAUUUUCUGUGCUAAUGCUUGCAGUUGAGUUAAUCUCAAUUCAGUGUGGCUACAAAAUUGACAGCGAUCGACAGAGACAGACAUGGAUAUAGAGAAAAAGAGGUCAGAUCGAAGUGGAAGAAACAACUCUCAAUAACAUCAAAACCAUAUUUGAAUCGAUAUUCAACAUCAAAUGGAAUCUUCAUUGUCCAAUACCGUUUCUUCCCAAUGCAUUUUUCGACAACAUCUUCGUUUUUGGUCACCUGUACAAACAUUUGCCUACAAACAUACCAAACACUCUAGAUUUUAUGUAUAAUUUACUGUUUUUACCAAUUUCAUUGCAAAUUCCACAACAACAAAAAGAAUAUUUACAUGAGGCAUUUAAAUGAAAUUGAAUGAAUAGGAUAUUUGAAUACUAUAUAUUAAAAUUGAAAUGGAAUCACCCAAAAGAAAACACACACACAACACACACAAAUGAUAUUAUAUAUAUAUACAUACAUACAGUAAUAUUGUUACAUUUAA